CGAUUGCUUACCACCUCCCAUUACCAUGGCGUCACCUCUACCCCACCUCAGCCGCUCAGUGCGAGCCAGCGUGUUAAAUGCUCAUGCCACCACCUCAUUGGCUUCGUCAUCGCUCGUUCGCUCAUUUGCGUCGACGCCCUCCGCCGCGGCCAAAGCACCUGCUAAGCCUCUGCAGAAGAAGAGGACCGCUCUCAAGAAGAACUCUUCUUCUGGACCCAGAUCAACAGGCUCAAAGAGGAGAAGCGGCGGUGAUGCCGCUUCAUCGUCCAAUGUUGCCCUCACAACGCCUUUCUAUAGGCCUCCGGCGGAUAUGAGAUCAUUGCCAACCCUGACACCAGAGGAUGCCAACAAGAAGAGUCUGAACCAGAUCAUGGCAUUCAGCAGACGGGAUCUCGAUGCUUUCGAGAAGUUCGGCGUAGAGAAGAAGGUCAAGAACGCCCUCGGCUCGCAUGUCAGGCCAUCGUCUCUUGUCAGGGCCGCUACGCUGGACCUUUAUUCUCAGCUUGCCAGUUCAGCAUCGGCAUCCUCCAGCAAGAAGCUUGCACUCACCGGCCCGCUUUCCGGCGGCAAGUCUCAUCUGAUGCUGCAAGCGGUCUCGUACGCAUUAGCAUCGGACUGGCUGGUACUCUACAUUCCCCAGCUUGUGACCUUCAUCAACUCCACCUCUGCCUUCGAGUAUUCGGCAGAGGAGCAGGCAUACCUCCAGCCGGAAGCAGUGCAGAAGUUCUUCAGCUCUGUGCUUAGUGUCAACCAAGAAGUACUGAAGAAGAUGAAGGUAGACGCUGGCAAGGAGUCGUCGCAGGUCACAUUUGACAGAGAUAUCUCGGUCUCCUCGACUGCGACACUCGAGCAGCUCUUGAAGCUUGCGACGUCACAGAAAGUGACCCCCCUGGCUUCUCAGCGCAUCUUCGAUCUCUUCCUGACUUCCAUCAGUCGGCAAAAAGCAGUGCCAACUCUACUGGCUAUGGAUCACUUGCAAUCCCUAUACCUACCCAGCCGUUACCGUACCGCAGACUAUGCGACGGUCCAGUCUUACGAGCUAGCCCCGGUGCGGAGUCUGAUCCAGUUCAUUGCAGGAGAAGGCCUGCAGUCGGGCGCCAUCCUGUCUGCUGUCUCCCACAGCAAUCCUUCGUUCGCGGUGCCGAAUGAAGUGAAAGCAGUUUUUAAUCACCAGCAGCAGAAGCAGCUGGCAAAGGGCUCGUCGUCUGGCAGCGUUCGCAGUCAACUCGACGAGACUGCGCUUCAUGCAUACACAGAUAUCCACCCACUCCAUGUCGAGCACGUCAGAGCUUGCAACUGGUCACUAGUGGACGUGCCGGAUGCGUGGACAGAGCCAGAGCUCAGGGCGCUGUACGAGCUGAGGCGCCAGGAAGGUCGCAACUGGAACGGCGGCAACUCCAUUGCCGAGCAGGCCAUGAGUUCAUCUCCAUUCGGGGCCGUUGCAGGAAAGGGGACCACCGCUGCUACUGCUACCGAGGAUGAGCUCUUCCUGCUCAGGCUGCUGGAUUCGGGCAGGAAUCCGGAAAAAUUCGAGAAAAGCGUGUGGGGAAGCAGUGUGCUGUAAGAAGCGGAGGGAGGUAGUGCUGAGGAAGGACGGAGUGAGUAGUAACGAUGGCAUUGUAUUACACACUCGAGACAAUAACAUAGCAUUAUAGCGAUCCG